UAAUUAAAACGAUAAAUAAAGAUUUUUAGAGCGACUAAUAACAAUCCCCAAAGUUAAACUUAAAACCCACGACACCAAAACAAAUAUAAAUAAAAGCCCAUCCGCCCUUCUUGUCCCGACCCGACCUGCUUCCCUCACUCACUCUCUCGGUCUCUCCCCUCGCUGCUGGCCUUUUUCUCGUGUACGCACUACGCAGCCAGACUGUGUGUUUAGUGUUUACACUACUGGCACUUUGCAUCUCUUCCGCCCUCCCUUCGCUUCCCCUUCGAUCUUCUUUCCCUUACAGCAAUGGCCGCUUCUUGCUGAAUUCUUUUCUUCCAUUCUUUCCUGGGAAACGAAUAUUCUUCUUUUCUUUUCAUCUUUGGGGGGGAUUGGGCUCCCUUUUUCUCCUCCAAAAAUGAUGGCGCAGGCGAAGCGGCGGUGUAGGGCGGUGCCGGUGAUGAGGAAGAUGAUAACAUGCGCUAUAUGUGCAUUCGCCAUGGUGGCCGUGCUCUCCGUACACGUCCAUGUUCAAGUCUUCCCUUCCAGAGUUCCCGUCUUGCCUGAUCCUUACAAGCUCCCCACUACAACCACUCAGAAGGGGAUGACUGAACAGCAGCAAAGCUGGAGUAGAGAGGUUGUUCCACCCCAUUCCAAGGCACCAAUUGCUCCUCACCAGAUUUGACAGUUGGAAAGUGUUAAUGCUGUACCCGCUCUCAAGCUAUGGAAGCCUCCGUCGAACCGUGAUUAUUCUCCCUGUGUGGAUCCUAGUUCUAACUAUACAGGCAAGCAUGCGCCUUUAUUUUUUGGUUGUUAUUUGAGCUUGUAUGUCUUUCUUCUUUAUCCUUUGUGCUAAUUUUUCUUCUUCUUCCGAAUCCUCAGCUCCUGGAGAGUCGAGUGGUUACCUAUUAGUUCAUACUAAUGGUGGGCUCAACCAGAUGAGAGCCGGGAUAUGUGAUAUGGUUGCUGUUGCUCGUAUCAUUAAUGCCACUCUUGUGGUUCCUGAGCUGGAUAAAAAUUCUUUUUGGCAAGACACUAGCAUCUUUUCAGAUGUUUUUGACGAGGACUAUUUCAUCAGUUCUCUGGCUAGUGAUGUAAAAAUUGUGAGAAAACUUCCCAAGGACAUGUCAGGCGUCACUAAAGCAGUUAAGCAUUUCAGAAGCUGGUCUGGGAUGGAUUACUACAAGGAAGAAAUCUCUAGCCUUUGGGAAGAUUAUAAGGUUAUUCGAGCUGCUAAAUCAGAUUCCCGCUUAGCAAAUAAUAAUCUUCCUCCAGAUAUCCAGAAGCUACGUUGCCGUGCAUGUUAUGAAGCUCUGCGUUUCUCACCUCAAAUUGAAGCCAUGGGAAAAUUAUUGGUGGAUCGAAUGAGAGCUUAUGGUCCUUACAUUGCCUUACAUUUGCGAUAUGAGAAAGACAUGCUUGCAUUCAGUGGGUGCACACAUGGUUUAUCUGUUGCCGAAGCAGAUGAACUGAAGAAGAUCAGAGACGACACCUCAUACUGGAAAAUCAAAGAUAUUGAUUCUGAGGAGCAGCGAUCCAAAGGCUAUUGCCCCUUAACUCCAACAGAGGUUGCUAUGUUUCUUACAGCUCUUGGGUACCCGUCAAACACACCCAUAUAUAUAGCUGCUGGGGAGAUCUAUGGUGGUGAUGCUCAUAUGGGUGAACUCCUGACCCGCUAUCCUUUACUAAUGAGCAAGGAAAAAUUGGCGUCAGUUGAAGAGCUUGAACCGUUUCUCAAACACGCCUCUCAAAUGGCUGCUCUCGACUAUAUUGUGUCUGUGGCGAGUGCUGUCUUCAUCCCAACAUACUCUGGUAACAUGGCAAGGGCGGUUGAAGGUCAUCGUCGUUAUCUAGGACAUCAAAAAACUGUCACACCAGAUAGGAAAUUGCUUGUUCGUCUUUUUGACAAAGUUGAAAGGGGGAAAUUGAGAGAAGGUAGACCUCUUGCGACGCGUGUCAUCGAAUUGCACAAGAAACGGCAAGGAUCCCCGAGGAAGAGGAAAGGACCCAUCUCAGGAACUAAAGGCAUGGAUAGGUUUCGUUCGGAAGAAUCAUUCUACGUGAAUCCAUUACCAGACUGUUUGUGUCAGAGACAAUCAUCAUUGAGCACAGGCACCUCUUCUGCAAUUAGGUAGACUGACUGACUUCUAAACCCUAGUGGACUCUUAAUUUUGUUUUUCAAGACAGACAGCAGACAUCCCUGUACAGCCAAGCCAAACCAGGAUAUCUCCCUUCAAAGUUGAAGACGAGCAGCAACCAGAGGGAGGGAGGGCAGAAGCUGGUUGUGGGUUCCCGGGGAUACGUGAUGUACAUAUUAUAUCUGUGAGUUGUGAAAUCUGCAGAAGUUUCUUCAUUGUUUAGAUUUCUUUUUGGGAGUGGGGAGGAAAAUUUGGAAUAUAUAGGAUUAAUAUCUGUUACAAGGGGAGGCAAUUUUACUCUGGUAAACAAGGUCUGAAAGUUUGACAGAGGAAGAUUGGGCAGGAUCACCCUCUUAGUUAGUGGAAGUAUUAGUAGAAACUAGAAAUCAAAUUCUUUUAGUUAAUGGGGAGAGAGAUACUUCUAUAUGUUUUGGGUUUUGUUAGAAAUGAAAAAAAAAAAGUUCGUUUGUUGUUUGGUUGAUCUCCAUCCGUGCCUCAGUGAACUAUUUUGGGGUUCUUUUUUAUUGUCAAU